AUGUAUUGCGCCAUCGACGGCGAGGUGUAUGAUCUUGGACGAUACCUCCACUCUCACCCUGGCGGUGCAGCAAUUCUCCGUCAGUACGCAGGCCGUGAUGCCACGGCGGAGACCGUGAACGACGAUGCUCUCUUCGAGCGCCUAGCGCCUUACACAGGCGGCGACGCAACCGCCGCCCUGAAGAAUGACGGUGCGCGUGAGAGUUUAUCUCAACUCCUCGGCAGAGACGACCUCAUCUGCGCCAAACUCGCCCGGGCCACCAGACGGCAAAUCACACCUGCUGAGCUCCGGAAGCGCAGCUACUUGCCUCGCAAGGCGGAGCGCCAGGCAAGGCCACGCGCGGGCGACAAAGACUGGCGGGCGUGGGUGUCUGCCGCUGAAGAAGAGGGCUCGCAGAGGCAAGCGGUGUACGAUGUGACGCCUCGGAAAGCCCAAGUGCUCAGUUCCCGGCCUCAGAGCGGUCGCCAAAGCAUUGCCGGUUUGAAGAGGCGCAUGAGUGCUUUGGAGGACAGUGAUGGGGAGUUCACAGACAGGAGCAAGCGGUUUAGGGCACGGUCAUGGAGAUGA